AUGCCUCCGGACCGUGCUUUACCCGACAUCCUCAUGCCUGGGAACGGAGGUGCAAACAGCCCUCGGAACUGGGCGAACCAGGCAGGCUCUCAGUCACAAUCUCCCAUCUCCCCCUUGGAUGAAAGUGUCCCUCUCGACUCGCCGCUGUCGAGAACUGGAAAUGCGCCGUGGAAUGGAGGAGCACAGUCUUCUCGUGACGAUGUCCAGCAACAAGACGAUCCGAAAAGACAAGAUACCGGCAAUGAUCCCCAGGACCAUGAUCAGGCGGAUCAGCGCGAUCGAUCGAACCCACGAGAGAGACCUCGACCACCUGCACGGUCCAAUACCAAGUCUCCGGGGAGCACGACUCGCAUUUGCAAGAAGUGUGGCGAGACUCUCACCGGCCAGUUUGUUCGAGCUCUGGGAGGUACCUAUCAUCUGGAGUGUUUCAAGUGCAAUGACUGCGGCGAGAUCGUGGCAUCCAAAUUCUUCCCUGUCGACGCCGAAGACGGAAGUGGACAGUACCCCUUGUGCGAGACUGAUUAUUUCAGACGCUUGAAUCUCCUUUGUCACGCAUGCGGCGGCGCCCUGCGUGGCUCUUACAUCACCGCUUUGGAUCGCAAGUACCACAUCGAACAUUUCACCUGCUCCGUCUGUCCGACCGUCUUUGGUGCCCAAGACUCUUAUUAUGAGCACGAAGGGAAUGUCUAUUGUCACUAUCACUACUCGACUCAGUUCGCCCAGAGAUGCAAUGGCUGUCAUACCGCCAUCCUCAAGCAGUUCGUCGAGAUCUUCCGCAACGGUCACAACCAGCAUUGGCACCCCGAAUGCUAUAUGAUUCAUAAGUUCUGGAAUGUCCGACUCGCGCCAGCAGGCCAGCCGCUUGAGAGGCCGGAGGUUGGUAUCGAUGCGACUGACGAAGAGCGCGAACGCGUCCGGCAGGAGGAAGAUAUGAUGGAAGAGAAGGUCUACAAGAUCUGGAGUAUUCUCUCCUCAUUCGAAGAGUCAUCGGCCGCGUGCAUUUCGGACAUGCUUCUGCAUGUGAGCAAUGGUGCCUAUGUGGACGGCGUACAGGUUGCAAAAAAGUUCAUUUCACACGUCGAAAUCCUCUUUACGGCUAUUGACAUGUUGUCCACUAUGUUUAAAGAGCAAGGGAUCAAGGAUCUGUCUUAUGGACGCGAAGCCAAGCUUCUAUGCAAGAAAAUCGUGGCCUUCUUCUCUUUGCUUUCGAAAACUCAGGAGACCGGUGUCAGGAAGUUGGGCGUCACUCAGGAGUUGCUCUCGUUGGUAACUGGGCUCGCCCACUAUCUCAAGUUGCUGAUCCGGAUCGGCCUUCAGGGUGCGCUGAAGCUGGAGCGCGAGAGGAAUACCUCUGAUGGACUGUACAGGUUUCUUGACCAUCUCGGGGACCAUAUUGAGGAACUGAAGGCCGCUGAGGAGGAAUCAACCGAUCUAAUGACCGGAGUCGAAAACCUGGCAGAUCAGUAUUCUGACUGCUGUGCAGCAUGUAAAGAGCCAAUUGAUGAUGCAUGCGUGAUUUUGGGCGACAGGAGAUGGCACAUCAAACCACCACACCUUGUUUGUGGGGUGUGUCAGAAGGAUCUCACAGUCGAUCUCCCUGAUGGCCUGUGGAGUGAGAAGGAUGACCGUCCAUUCUGUCGCAACUGCGCCAUUCAAAAGGGCCGUGUCCCAGCUGCACAGGGAGGCUUCGCAUAUGUCAGCAAACUCCAACAGUAUGUGUUUCUCCUCAAGGUCGCUCUGGCAAGGUUGCUUUCGGUUCUACGAUCCAGUGGGACCCUCUCUCAAACGUCAGAUGAUCCCAACGUCAACGAGCACGAAGCGAACGAAGGGAAUCGGGUCUCGACCACCGGUGAAUUGGUGUCGUCGUCCCCUCAGAAGACCAACACACGUUCGAGAGCGUACACUAGCUCGCAUGCUACCGAGGAGUCUUCUUCUCUGGAACAGACCGUUGGUGAAAUGCGGAGACUACGUUCGAUCCGAAAUGAACGGACUUUGUCAACCACCUACAAGAAAGCCCGUGCGUCGAGAAUCAUCGACGGCCCCGAGGGAAGUAGUGUGCGGCCUGGCUCGUCCGGUGGCGAUGCGGUUGACGCUCGAAACCAACGUUUCCAGAUAGUGGAAGAGAAGGACGCAAAUGGCGACACCGUGAAUUCAUUGACAUUCGGUAAUCAAGACGCGCUUACCUUGGACGAUAUCCCUAGGAUUGUGGCCGCCGAGCAAGCGAAAGAACAGCGUCCCAAUGCCUAUAGACAUGCCGGUACUAAUCUCGUUGGUUCCGGUCCUCCAGCAAAAUACAGUCCGGGGCAUCGCCGGGAGGUGUCAGGGCCCCCAGCGGAGCCGCCUCCGCCUGACAAUGCACCAACGAAGACUAAGAAGUAUUUCUCGGAACUGUCAGCGUUGGAGUAUUUCAUUGUUCGACACGUCGCCGUUCUUUCAAUGGAGCCACUUGUUGAGGGCCACUUCAGUCUCGAGGAACUUCUCUCUUUGAUUGAGUCCCGAAAACCUACCAUUUGGAACAUCUUCGGACGCGCAUUUAAUAAGGAAGGGAAGCGGCCAGGAAAGAAGAAGGGCGUCUUUGGAGUCAGCCUCGACUACCUGGUCGAGAAGGAGGGCGCAGAAUCUACGCAUGGCGUGGGACCUGGCGCACUUCGUGUCCCUGCCCUUAUUGACGAUGCCGUGUCGGCGAUGCGACAAAUGGACAUGUCCGUUGAGGGUGUCUUCCGGAAGAAUGGCAAUAUUCGGCGCCUAAAGGAUUUGGCUGAUAUGAUUGAUAAUAAGUACGACCAAGUCGACUUGAGCAAGGAGAGUCCCGUCCAGAUUGCUGCGUUACUGAAGAAGUUCCUUCGAGAGAUGCCUGAUCCCCUUUUGACCUUCAAACUGCACCGCCUUUUCGUGAUUUCUCAGAAAAUUCCCGAUCCAGAGAAACAGAAACGGCUGUUGCAUUUAACGUGUUGUCUCCUACCAAAGGCUCAUCGUGACACCAUGGAGGUCCUCUUCGCAUUCCUUAAUUGGACGUCGUCAUUUUCCCACGUCGACGAGGAGUCUGGAAGCAAGAUGGACAUCCACAAUCUUGCCACUGUCAUGACUCCGAACAUCCUUUACCCCAACACGAAGAACAGCAGUAUGGACGAAAGCUUCCUAGCCAUCGAGGCGGUUAGUUCACUAAUCACGUAUAAUGACACAAUGUGCGAGGUUCCUGAAGAUCUUCAGUCGAUCCUCAAUGAUGCCAGUUUCUUCAAAGACAACGCCGACAUUACCACGAAAGAGAUUCUUAAGCGGUAUGGUGACUUUGGCAAGGGAAACCUUGCGCAAAAGAUCUUGCAAAGCGGAGAGAUGUCCGGCAGCACUGGUUCUACUCGCAGUAACAAUGCUGCAGCGACCGCACGAAUUGAGACGGAUCCUUCCCAGGCUGCGGCUUGGCAGAUGCAGAGUUCGGUCCGUCAUGUUCAAGCCCCGGGGAGUUCUCAGCAGAGUACGGAACAUGCUCAGCAGCAAACCCAGCAGGGCGACUAUCGUGACCGAAGCGCCAGUGCUGCCAGCCAGCAAGCGAUGGGUCGGCCUUCUCAGUCUGAUGCGCAGCAGCAACUCCCAUACAGACCUCAUGCUGGCACAGGACCUAUGGGGGUCGCUGGCUGA